GGUGGUGGAAAGCAUCGCGUGGACUGCACGAGCUCACUUCACGGUGCUGUCGCUUAUGCUCUACCGCAGUGAGGCCUCCUUGGAAUUAAAUCGACCGCAUGUCGCAGCCUCACGCCGAGUUGCUUUCACGACCAGCGGAAUCGCAACCCGCCCCUGCCUUGAAGCGGCCGCGAGGCCGGCCCCGAAAACACCCGCCCAAGGACCCCGCGCUUCCGAAGCGGAAGCGCGGGCGGCCGCCCAAGGUCUCGCGAUCGCACGAGCUGCAGGGCGAGCGGUCACCUGCCGACCCGAGCCCGCCAAAGCGGCAACCAGGACGGCCGCCUAAAGACUCGACGUUACCGAAAAGAAAGCCGGGACGGCCGCCUAAGGACGCGAGUUUACCAAAGAGAAAGCCGGGACGGCCGCCUAAAAACCUGAGUGUGGCUGGGAGAAAGCCGGGACGGCCGUUGGGCAGCAAGAGGAAAAAGAGCGAGUCGCCUGCCCUCCCUAGUUCGCUCGAGCCAAGAGUCCUCCUGGUUCCACGUGGCGAGGACAUAGCGGCGCGGGUGUUCCUGCUGUCGCGCGAGGAGGGCAAGGCGGUGUGCGUGCUGUCAGCCAACGGGUCCGUGCACUCGCCCACGCUCACAGGGCCGGGCGACGCCUUCACCAGCACCAAUCACGAAGGCCCGUUUGAUCUGCUAUCCCUGUCGGGCUCCUACGUGCCGGACGACCCCUCGGAUGCCGGCAGUCGCAUGGGCGGGCUGAGUGCCACCAUGGUGGGCGGCGAUGGCCUCGUGCACGGAGGGGGGGUGGCCUCCCCACUGCUCGCAUUCACCACAGUGCAGGUGAUGGUUUUACUCUUUCCAACUGCGCCCAUGGGUGCCUGACAUGGCAUGAGGCGUCUCCUCUCCACCUCUCACAUCCAGUAGUGCUGUUUAGUUGGAUCCAUCUACUGUAGCACUAAUGGAUGCAUGUCUUAGCAAGUGGGAAUAUUUCGCAAGAUGCCUGCAUUGCAUAUGCUUUGUGCAAUCUAUGUGAAGCCACAUGGCAUGACAAUCCAGUUCUCC